UGCGCGUGUCGGAAAGGGGGCGGUGCCUCGCUCGCUCGCUCGCUCGUUCGCUCGCUCGCACACGCGGCCGGCCACUUUUUUAUCGGUUCCGUACAGCCGGCCCGCUCAGCGAUAACAAUGGCCGGUGUCGAGAGAGCCACGAGCGAGCGCGCUCGGCGUCGCUCGGGACGCCGACGAUGACGACGACGAGCCGACGCCGACGGUGUCGACGGACGCGGCGACUCGCUCGAGCGUCGUCCGCUCUCGAUCGUCAUCACGAUGAGGCGUGUUCGGCCCGCGGCGAUCACGCUCCUUGACAUCUUCGACCGGCUAGAGCCCGACGACGACGACGACGACGACGACUCUUCCUGGAGCCGUGGAGUCCGCGAUAACGGAUGAACGAAAUUAUCGUGACGCGUAUCGAUUGCUGGCAUUAUUGGCGUCUACUUGUUUUUCAUACAUACAUCGUAUAAACAAUUCAAUGGACCUGGCGGAAACUAUGAAGAACAUUGUUGCCAAAGGUAUGCAAACCGAAAUGGGUCCACCAGGUGGAGGAUCAGGCUACUCCGCGUCACCGAGCAGCGCCGGUUACGUCACGGAGAAGAUGUACAUGUUGUUACAAGCCUAUUUGCAAAAUAAAGGAUGGAAUCCCAGUAUCGAGCUACUGCAAUGUUUCUCAGAAUUCAAGGAUGCCUCCAUGAUGCCGAGUGCUGCUUAUUUACAAAUGAUGGCGUCAAGAGUCGCAUUGGAUUCGCAGGGAAGACUAGUCCUUAGAGAGAAUGGCAAGAUAAUACUACCUUACGAACAUUUUGCCAACGCCGUAAUGUUGAAACAUAUGAAUGGACCACACGGCUUACAUUUGGGUUUGGAGGGUACAGUCCGAGCGGUCAUGGAGUCAUACACUAUUGGAAGGGAAUGCUUCGGGAUGGAGAAGGAGUUUAUCAUAGAAGUCGUGCAGAACUGUCCCAAUCCUGCUUGUCGCUAUUACAAGAAUCAACUGGAGCUCACUCAGAAGAUGGGUCAUAUGGCACCAACUUACAUCCAGGAGAACGAAGCAACCGCGUCUCUUCUGCGUAGCGGUUUUCCACAUAGCACAGAUUUCCAAACAAGCCUAAGCAGCGCUAAUCCGAAUACACACUUGGGAGGAGGAUCCGCGGCGGAUUUACCAGAGAUGAGAGGUGCUGGCAACCAAAUGAAUCUUCAACGUCCUCCAAGCCGUCCGUCACUGAAUAUUCCACAUCGGCCUGUAUCGCAAGAGAAGAAAGUGCCAUCCGGCAAGCAGCAUUACGAAUCUCUAAUACCUAAUAUACCAAUCUCCGAUCACAAGUUGACGGACUUUUUACGCACCAAUCUGGAUAACUUGGACAAUCUCACUUCUCUCGGUUUAGGAAACUUACAAGGAUUAGGGAACGCCAAUAAGGAUCUGCUAGCGUUGCACAACGGCGCAUGGCCUUUAGAAAGUGAAAAGGGAUCUCGGUCGUCUUCAAAUUCGGAAGGUGGACAAGAGAAGAUUGUGCGUGCUUUUGCAGAAGUGAUGAAGAAUAUGGCAAGGAUGAAAGCUUGCGUACGGCCAGCAAUGUGCAAACCGUACGGUAAACAAUCCGAGGCUCUGCAAAAAACAUUGGUCGAUACAAUACAGCUUGUACAAUCGUUGCGAAGCUUCUUGCCGCCCCCACAUAUACCAGUCUCGAGCUGGAAAAACGAAGAUAAACACCGAUUAGAUCACACCGGUACCCCCUACCUGUCAACAUUAAAAGCUGGCGGGAUGGAAGAAUUAUGCGAGCAGCGUAAGUUAGACUAACCGUCGUCUUCGCUUUACUCGCGACAGACCAAGUUUCGUCUUUUUGCGCUCUAUGAUGUUCUAGUCACAAGAUGUUUAUUGAUUAGCUGGGUGUUUCGUAUCUAAACAACCCGAUGGAUUGCUCAAAAAAGUUGUUGGCGUUUAGGACUUCAAAUACUAAGAGACAAAAUGAGUCAUGCGUGGACUGUGAUAAACGUGGGUAGCGUGAAAAAAAGAUUUAUAUGUAGGACUAAACUCACACCGCGUCAUCUAGGGAUUUUCACUAACUUUAUUUCAUUGCUGUAAUUUGAUUCCAUAAUGCUCUCAAUCAUUGCUCUCAAUCUGCCUAUGGGGUUUAUUCGGCAAAUGAUUUAUCGAUUUAUUCCCGCGAUUACCGAAGCUCAGCGACUGAAUUACGAUUAUGUAAAUUACAUAUAAUUAUGUAAUUAUCGUUACGAAUAGCAUUUAUAUUUACUGUAUCGAUUUAAUAAUUUGCCAUUUGUGUUCCGAUAAUUACUAUCUGAUUAAUAAUAUAUCAUAAGACUUUUUACAUAUAUAAAAUUAUUAUACGUAGACGUGUAAAAACUCAAGUCGAAAUAAGAAGCAAAGACUAAAUUAGUCUGAUGCAAAACUUGCUACUAAUCGAUUGCUGCUUCAUCAUUUGCGGCAGUGUUGAGGAAAGAACGAUUUUCUUGAUCAUUGUACUCGUGUUAUUUUGUUUUACAUGUUCUUUUUUACUUGUUUGUUAUAGUAUAUUCUUUAGCACUUUGAAUUAACAUGAAUCGAAUUAUUCGAUUAACGAAAUGAUUACUGUGUUCAAUUUAUGUAUACAAUUUACAUGUGUAUGUGUACGUAUAUGUAUACAUGUAUAUAUAAAUUAUAUACGUUAUAUAAAUGUAUAUUUCUUUUAAAAAGAUUUAUAUAUAUGUAUAUGUUAUUAUUUAUUCUUAAAGAUGAGAUGAACAUAUAUCAUUGUUAUUUCUAUUAAUACUAUUUACUGCAUGCACAAUCAUGCUUUACAAAUGUUAAAAGAUUGGUAAUAAACUCCAUAGGCAGUAUAAUAUGCGGUGUGCACAUAAAAAGGAAUUAUUGGUCAAUUCAUAUAGGUAUUUAAAAAAAAAACAAAUUAUUUCUUAAUAUAUACGUAGAAAAGAACGAAAUUGUUAUGUCAUUAGAAGACUCUCAAAAGGGGGGUGUGAUUCGCACUGACGCUCAAAGACUUCAUCGUGCACUAAGUAUUAUUACGCAGAAACGUUUUUACUCUUGCGAGAGAAACUGCAAUUUAGAGGAUCGCGUUUAUGGAAUUUGAUCGAACGCUUCCUCGGGUAAACGGCAUAUCGUAUUGGUUGCGGGAGUAAAACUGUUUCCUACUCGGUUGUUAUACGUGCAUAUAAGCGGUAUGAUAAAAUGUUUCCUUCUUUCUCGAUAAUGUAAAGUUACAAGGCAUUCGUCUUUGAAUGUAAGCGAUUAAUGCCGUGUAUACUGCAAAUGCGAAAUAGCGCGCGGCACUCGAAUGCGUGGCAGCUCUGUUUUGUGGGCUGUGUGUGCGUGUUUAUCUGCGAGAAUGUGAAGUUUUGGCUAUCAAAUAGCAAAAUUUUAUAUGAAUGCUCGUAUGUUGAAGAUGUCUUUCUAUACAUGUAUCUGUUAUUAUUUACUACACGUAUGCAGCGAAUGUGCCGAUCGAUUACCAUUUAGGAGUCGGAUCUAUGAUUUGAAAGUGACGUGCGAAUUAUUAUUUUCUUUCUUUUACGUUUGUUUUUGACAAAUUAUUGCUCUCUUUCAUAUUUUUUUUCUCUGUUGUAUAUUGUGUUCUCUUUUUUUUUAUUUUGUAUUCUACUGUGUUCGAAAAUGGGAAGCAUGGAGAUACGUUGAUAAUUAACAAGUCUAGAGAAUAAUUCUCGACAGUGAUUCUUUAUUUGUUUUUCCACGGCUAUUAUAGCUGUUUAAACGAAUGCAGAUCCGGCUUCUAUAGACUGCGUUUUUGUUGACAUACAUAUAUAAUAUAUAUAUAUUGACAAGAAGGCUGCUGCAAUAUGAUUCAUAAUUCGACGAUAACUUGUUGCACACCAAAGUGUAUUUCCAAUAACUAGGUGGACUUAUUUCUUAUAAUAUUACGUAUUAUUAAAAAAAUGCAAAUGUAACGUCGUUUGCAUUUCGAUCGAUCGGUCCGUGUGAUCAACGCAAUUAAGCAUAUCCAUGACUAAGUCGUUGCAAUUUAUGCCAAAUAGAGAAAAGGGAGCGCGGAAACAGAGUCUGACGAGAAAAGGAGUUGAUCAAAUAUACCAAAAUAGAAUUUCAAAAUACGUGAAAAACGUUAGGGACUGCGUCCGAGAUAAAUCUUACUUUAUCGAUGAUUUGAACACGACAGCGCAUUGUUCGUAAUACGAGGAGUUUGUGCGUGUAUUUUUUUAAAGCAAAAGUUGCAGCGCUGCAAUAAGUUCCUUUAUUCUUCGCUUUACAUUCGCUGUACUUUGUUAACGUACACAAUAUCGUUGUUAUAUAUUUUAUGGUCUAGAUUAAAUUAUCGUUAAAGUCUAAACAUUCGUUUUUCGUUAUUCGUUUUGCGAUUUUAUCGCUGCAGUUGCUGCAACUGUUGCCAUAACGUGCGUUAGUUUAUUAUAUUUUUAUAUACCGUCCGUUAAUUUCUACUAGUUUAAAUAAUUAGCAAGAUAAGAGAUUUCAUUCUAGAGGUUCUCUCGAACGGAGUCGAGCACACAUCAGGAAAGGGACAGAAAAGGGAAGAAAUACAGAUUUCGUUUCCGGAUCUCGUUACUCUCACGCCAUAUCUAUACCAUAGAGACCGUGUACAUGUUUCCGCACCGAAUUCGACAGUAAGAUGAUAAAUGAUUGUAAAAUGCGCACUAUUGUGUCGAUCCGUCGUUCCCUUUUUAAACUCGGAUCGCUAAUCGAUAUUCGUACACCAAACGCUAACCGCUGUGUCUGCACAUUAAGCUCGUCGUCGCUUGCCAGUAUUGCUCUUCUGUAUUCUCGCAUAAUUCUAACUCAUGACAGCAAUUAUUAAAGUUUUUACAAGUGUGAAAGA